AUGUGGCUGAACCAUGAGAAUUACUUUGACAUGGUGUCUGAGACUUGGAAUAAUUGCUCUGGUGAUUUACUUUCUAAAACUAGCAAUCUAGCUAAUUCUCUGAUUGAUUGGAACAAAAAUGUUUUUGGGAAUAUUUUUAAGCAGAAAAGAAUUCUUAACGCAAGAAUUUGUGGUAUUCAGAAAUGCUUAGGAAGAGGGCAUAACCUGUUUCUUCAGGAUCUUGAGAAGAAGCUUAUUGCUGAUUAUGAAAAGAUUAGAGAUGCUGAGGCUAUCUUCUGGAAACAAAAAUCAAAGGAUAAAUGGCUCAGAGAGUGUGAUAGGAAUACUAAAUUCUUUCAUAAACUUUUUACUGCUGAGCCUGUUGAAGAUUUAAGGGUGAUUAUUCCUUCUUUGUUCCCUGAAAUCCCUGAUGCUGAUAUGGCUUUCCCUUCUGGUUCUGUUCCUCCUAGUUUGAAUCAUACUUCAAUCAUUCUUGUUCCUAAGGUCCCUUUCCCUCAGGACAUGCAGUUCUUUAGACCUAUUAGCUUAUGUUGUACUGUUUACAAGAUCAUCUCUAAGAUAAUUGUGGAUAGAGUGAGACCCUUGCUUAGAAAAUGGAUUAGUCCUAAUCAGGUAAGCUUUGUCCCUGGUAGGCAUAUCUCUGAUAACAUUAUGAUUGCUCAAGAACUUUUGCAUAAGUGUAAAAGCUCCAAGGGUGUGGAGGGUUUUAUGGCCUGGAAGGUUGACCUGUCAAAAGCUUAUGAUAAGCUUAAUUGGAACUUAUUGAGCAAGUUUUGA